GGGAACCACAUUUUUUGUGUAUCUCAUCGUCACCCUGCUGCAUGUUGUCACUGGCCAUACUUGAGGUUUGGCUGCAGAGGACAAAACAUCGGGCUCUGGUGGAGGAACUCAUUCAGGUGGUCUGGCAGCUUUUCCAGGUUUCACUCACAGAAUGGAAGGUCUCUACAUUAACAGCAGCUCACAGGACCAAAGCUACGAUUACAGCGACACCACCUCCAACUACCAGGAUCACAUCACCAUCAGCGACUGUGAUUUCAGCUACUUUUAUAUCAUCUUUACAUUGGUGAAUCCCAUAGUCAUUGUUGUCGGCCUUCCUCUGACCCUGGUGGCCGUCUAUGCUCUUUGUUCUAUGGUGAGAAGUGAUCAUGUUGCUCCCAUCUACCUCAUCAACCUCCUCAUUAGUGACCUGAUUCAGUUCUGCAGCAUGAUUGUUGAUGUGGCGCCAAAUGUGGAUGGGAGGAUACGUUACAUCUUCUUUUAUAUUUACCACUCUUCUCUGAUUGCCAGUGUUUACUUCAUGGUCUGCAUCUCCCUGGAAAGGUAUUUGGUCAUCGCCCACCCACUGUGGUACCGCUUCAGACGAACCAUCAAGACCUCUGUGGUGCUCUGUGUCCUGGUCUGGGUCCUUACUGUUGUUUGUUCCAUCCUUAACUAUGUCUCUUAUUAUUAUUUCCGGUCUCAGGAGACAUUUCUAAUCGUUGCCGCCCUCCUCCUCCUCCUUCCCUUCCCACUGUUAAUAUUCUUCCUGGUUGGGACCCUCAAAGCCCUGUCUGCUUCCAUCUCGGUCCCCUCUGAUGAAAAACGACGAAUUGUGAGAAUUGUAGUUCUGGUGCUGCUUAUUUACACUCUGCUGUUCCUGCCCAGAAUCAUUUGGUUCCUGGAAGUAAACUAUGACCUGACCCUCAACCUCCUGUCUACCAUCUUCAUUAGGUUGAGUCCUCUUGCAGACUUUUUCCUGUAUGUCUUCAUGAGGAAAGGGACCAAAGAGAAGCUUUUGGCCUCUGUGUGUUGCUGCAGAAUGGACAGCAAUGAUAUCAGCAGUCCAUCAGUAUGAAUGAUGACAACAUUUCCACAGUCAGCUUCAUGUAGGCAGAGAAAGAGGGAGAGAGAGAAAGGGGAGGAAACAGGAGGAGAAAUGGAGGCCAAUAGAAAGGAUAGAGACGAGACAGAUCCUGUUAUCUACUGAGACCAUUUCCAAUAAGACACCUAACUGUAGAGAACAGGAAGCACUGUUUGGACUCUGCUGUGGGAGAAGUGGCUGCUGGGAAAUGUUUUGGUCAACUUGCUCUGGUUCACUGUGAUGGCUUCAACACAUGGAAAUAAAAUGUGUUUUAUUAGUUUG